AAGAGAGUCGCAUACUCAUCAGCGUAAGAGCAGCAAGACCAUGUCUUCAACUGCGACUCUCAUAGGUUCCAUUUCAACCACACCACACUUUUCAUCUUCAAAUACAACAACCAGAACAAGAUUCAGAACCAGAACCAGAACCUUCUCCUCUACACCUCAAUCGUUGAACCACUCAUUCUUCAGGCUCACCAACGCUCCUUCCAAGCGAGCUUCCUCUACUCCCUUCCAUGGAUUCAAGCGAUUUUCCCCUGUCAUGGAGUGGCAGGACUGCACGGUUAAGACGGAGGUCGAUGUGCCGGUCUCGGUCGCCUAUGCUUGUUAUUCGGAUCGCGAAGCCAUUCCUAAUUGGAUGCCCUUUAUUUCCUCUGUUAAGAUAUUGCCUGACAAACCUGACCUGUCAAGAUGGUCGUUGAAUUAUAAGGCAUUUGGUCGUGACAUUGAAUUCUCUUGGCUUGCUCGUAAUAUGCAGCCCAUUCCAAAUCAGAAAAUCCAUUGGCGAUCGCUGGAAGGUCUUCCAAACAGAGGUGCUGUUCGAUUCUAUCCAAAGGGCACAUCAUCAUGUGUAAUUGAAGUUAUAGAUUCAAGUACUAAAAUGUCCAUAAAAGAUCACGUCGUUGCAAAAUUACCCAUAAAAGAGCAAAAAUCCGAAAUUAUCUAUGAAAGAAGGAUCAUAGUGCCCUAUCAAAAGUUACCUACAUUUUGGAAGAUUUAUCAAACAAAUCGAGUUUUUUAGGUGUAGUGGGUGAUUUUUCUUUUUCUGUACAUGUGAAAAAAGAUCAUGAGUUUGUGCUUACUGUUACACUGGGAUAAUUUCAUGUCAUUAAAAUUUCUCGGCCCUUGCAUAAGACGUUAUGUCUGUUCUUUUAUCUUUUUAUAACAACUCAGUUUUGCCAUUA